GGGCGCGUGGCGCUGCUGGGGAGAGCGCUCCUCCGCCCAGCUAGGUCCCUGCGCCCCGCUCCACCCGUGCCUAGCUGCCCGCGCCGAGCCUCGGGCGUCCACAACGCGACUGUCGCCCGUGCAGCCAGCGCCGCCCUCGGCUGCGCCGCACACCCUGCCUCCUCCCUUUCCGUCGCCGCCGUCGGACACGCAGCCGCAGGCCGGGGCCGGGCCGCAGCUGGGGAGUCAGGGGCGCGCGCAGCCAACCCUUCCCCCUUCGGCUCCCGCACCGCUCGCCGCCUCCCCUCGCCCUCCUACUCUCCCCUCCCUGCUCCUUCGCCGCUUCCUCCUCCUCCUCCUCCUCUCCGGGCCCCAGCUGCCAGCACCAUGUCCGCAGGGGGAGAUUUUGGGAACCCGCUGCGAAAAUUCAAGUUGGUGUUCCUGGGGGAGCAGAGCGUCGGGAAGACGUCUCUGAUCACGAGGUUCAUGUAUGACAGCUUUGACAACACCUACCAGGCAACCAUCGGGAUUGACUUCUUGUCAAAAACCAUGUACUUGGAAGACCGUACGGUUAGACUGCAGCUCUGGGACACAGCCGGGCAAGAGCGGUUCCGCAGCCUGAUCCCCAGCUACAUCCGGGACUCCACAGUGGCUGUGGUGGUGUACGACAUCACUAAUCUCAACUCCUUCCAGCAGACUUCUAAGUGGAUUGAUGAUGUCAGGACAGAGAGGGGCAGUGACGUAAUCAUCAUGCUCGUGGGCAACAAGACGGACCUGGCUGACAAGAGGCAGAUAACCAUUGAGGAAGGGGAGCAGCGGGCCAAAGAACUGAGUGUUAUGUUCAUCGAGACCAGCGCGAAGACCGGCUACAACGUGAAGCAGCUCUUCCGACGUGUGGCAUCGGCUCUGCCCGGCAUGGAGAACGUCCAGGAGAAGAGCAAAGAAGGGAUGAUUGACAUCAAGCUGGACAAGCCCCAGGAGCCGCCGGCCAGCGAGGGUGGCUGCUCCUGCUAAUGCGGACCCACUCGGCUUCCUCGAAAACACUCACUUGUGUUGCCUCCUAUUGGUUAGCUUCCUAACGGGGUGGGAAAUGAGUUUAUCAAACGGGAGGAUCUUUCUUUUCUCUCUCUCUCUCUCUAGGAGUAGGGUGGGACAUGGGGAGGGAGGCUGGGCAUCAGGGACCACGUCACUCUUAACAGCUGUUACCUAAACAACUAUUUUUUGGUUUGGUUGUAAUAUAUUGUACUUUAUUAAGAUUGCCAAAAACUGUUAAAAUUAAAAAAAAAUUUAAAUCAUGUGUAUACAACUUUUUGCCAGAUAAAAGAAGUAGUCAUUUUUAUUUGAAAGAUGUGCUUUUUUUUGGUUUUGUUUUUGUAUAUUUGUAAACUUAUAGAGAACCUCUCCAUACACCUCUUCCUUCCUGUUCUCUUGAAACUGUGUGUCACCUCUACCUUCCUCCCAUCCCCUGUCCCGUAAAUUAAAGCAAUUAACUGAAAAGUAGUAAUUAGGUUCCAGGCCUGGGUCACGUGACUCAAACCAACCAAGCCCUCUACCCAGGCUCCCCUCAGUCAAAUCAGACUUUACUUUAACAGAACAGCCCAGAGGGGCCAUUAUUCAGUCCUUCCUUGGCAGAGUGGGACAUAUUAGCCGGCCCCUGACUGGAAAUGAAGGCCUGUGGGCUUUAGCAUCAGCGCCAGGCUCCACGGCUGCUUCUGCCUCAUCUCCUCCCCUGAAAAAACAUGGAGACAGAGAACACAGACAACCGUGUGUUCUCUGUGCUGACCCAGUGACAAGCAGAGCGAGAAGGUACUGGAAGGAUGGGGUGCUCCAGGCAGCUGAGGACUGAGGCAGGGUUGUGGUUCUCAAAUGUUGUAAGCUACUGGCCCAACAGUUGACGCAUGUACUUAGGCUGACUGGCCAACUCAAUGUGUGAGGUGAAGCGGGGUGGCUCAGGGGUGCUGAAGCCUGGGGCACGUGCCGUUGGUCCACCUGUGAUUGGGGAAGAGACAGAUGUCCGCCCUGACUCUGAACAAUAUGUGUUCCCAGACCUUCUAUUCCUCCUGCUGGGUACUGUUGUGGGAGCGUUGAUUCCUUGAUGUGUUUUCAGCCCCUGGCAUGGUACAUUUGAAAUCUUUGUGUGAAUACCUUUGGAGUGUUGUGGCUGCACUACGGGCAUCUUGAGGUUACUGUAGGAUUUCCAGAAGGCUGCCCAGGGCACUACCACCUGCCCCAGCAAGCUGUCCUUGCUGUUUCCACUCAUUCCUGAGACUGCUUUAGUCUUAAAGAUCCUCAGAGACUCUUAACAGAGUUCUCUCCUCAAAGCAAAGUAACCCACACCCUCAACGCCCCCAGACUCACUGCCCUAAGCCUGCCCCAAAACAGACAGGGGCAGUGACCCUUCAGAACAUCCCAGUCCUAUAGCAUUGGCUCGUCUCCAGACCGCUGAUGUGCAGGGUAAAUGCCACCACAGGGGGUUGGGAUGAAUUAUGGAACUUCUCAGAAAUGAGUUCAGAAUGGCAGCCUGCAUGGCGGGUUUCAUUUAGUGAGUGGGCCUGCCAUGCUUCUCCAUCCUGGGAGACAGUGUCAGUGCCCAUUCUGGUGAAGAAGAGAGGAAGCAGGAUCCUCCUGGGUACCGCUUCCAGAAGGCAAGGACCCAUGUACAAGCGUAACUGAAACAUCAUGUGUUUAGCUUUUUUAUGUGUGUACAUAAUUAUACAUAGAGAUAGACUUGUGCAUACACCCACACACACACAUCCUCACGUAUACAUGUGCUCAGUGUAUAUUCCUGUCGCUCCCACUCUCGAGUUGGAACUUGCAUUGUGAUUCCAGUUUUGGAAGUUCAAAAGUAUGCAGUGUACUGAAAUAAGAAAUACUCAAAAUAUUGUUCAAUAACUUGUGGUUGUCUUGCCUUCAAUAAAAUAGUGCAUAGAUGUGUUAAGCUACAAUCAAAACUCGUCCACAGAACUAACUACCUUCACUGCUUUCUGUACCUGUGUGCACAGGUGUGCAUGCCUUUGUGGGCCAGUGUCCCCCCCACCGUGGGCACCCCACCUAAGUGGUGCUUGUUGGAAGAAGGCACACUUACCCUGUGCUGACAGCAGCCUGGUUGGCAGGGAAGGGCUUCGCUGGCAGCCUCUGGCAGAGCCCCACGGACAGGGCUUUGUCCUGUGUCUCAAGGAAUGGAUGUAUGGUGAAUUUUAAUCUUCUUGGCACUGAACGAUAACCUUACCCGUAUUUCUAUAACUCCAAGUAGCAGAUCUGUUCCCUCCUCUUGUGCACACAAUCUGAGGCAUCAUGGCAUACUUUAGAAACAGCAGGAGCCAUGGUGGAUGCCAUCCUGGUUGAUCGGACCUAAGGAGCCCUGCCUUCCUAGCCUGUCCACAAAGCCCACUCUUGAGUUUAGGGUCUCCCAGUCUCGUUGCCUCUAAGAAUGAGGGUACAGUCACCCCAUUGCUCUCCCACCCCAGCGGUGCCCUGGCCUUUUCCUCAGCCCAUCUCCUUCUCUGACGGCCAUUAAGGCAGCCCCCCCCCCCCCCCCCCCCCCCCCCCCCCCCCCCCCCCCCCCCCCCCCCCCCCCC